UAAACCAACACUCUCCAUGAUCAACCAACCUUAACUUUUCCAAAACCCACAUUUCAGUUCCACUUCAAUAGCUCCCUGAAAGAGUUUUUUUCUUCUUCUUUCUAUUUUUCUAUUUUCUUUUUUCAAUUUAAGCACAUUGAUGAUCCAUUCACUACCAUUACAUGCAAUGCGUUGACUUGGAUUCACCACACUGCGCGUGUUCGUUGUGGGGUAGAAGAAGAAUCGAAUGGGUCUUUGCACAUCGAAACCCAUCCCAUCCUCACCUCAAUCUGAUACUCAACACAAUUCCGUCACAGCCAAACACAGUGCCGAACCUCACGCGAGCUCUGUCAAUGGCGAAAACCCUAGCCACGAGAGGAAGGAGUCAGAGAGCGGUAAGAGAUCUCCGUUUUUCCCGUUCUACAGUCCGAGUCCCGCCCACUACUUGUUCUCCAAGAAGUCGCCGGCCUCGCCGCGCCGGUUUUUCAAGCGGCCGUUUCCGCCGCCGUCUCCGGCGAAGCACAUAAGAGCCGUGCUGGCGCGGCGCCACGGCUCGGUGAAGCCCAACGAGGCUACCAUACCGGAAGGCGGCGAGGCGGUGGAGGUGGGGCCGGGGCUCGACAAGAACUUUGGAUUCUCGAAGCAUUUCGAAAACAAAUAUGAUGUCGGAGAUGAGGUUGGAAGAGGCCAUUUUGGGUACACCUGUGUUGCAAAGUUGAAAAAAGGAGAGCUCAAAGGCCAACAAGUGGCUGUCAAAGUGAUUCCAAAAGCCAAGAUGACCACUGCCAUUGCUAUUGAGGAUGUGAGACGGGAAGUUAAAUUAUUGAGAGCUUUGACUGGACACAAGAAUCUAGUACAAUUCUAUGAUGCAUAUGAAGACGAUGAUAAUGUCUACAUAGUAAUGGAAUUGUGCGAAGGAGGAGAGCUGUUGGACAGAAUAUUGUCAAGAGGUGGGAAAUACACUGAAGAAGAUGCAAAAACUGUCUUGAGACAAAUACUGAAUGUUGUUGCUUUUUGCCAUCUACAAGGUGUUGUGCAUCGUGAUCUUAAACCAGAGAACUUCUUGUUCACAUCCAAGGACGAGAACUCAGAGCUGAAGGCAAUAGACUUUGGGUUGUCGGAUUUUGUUAAACCAGAUGAAAGACUUAAUGAUAUUGUUGGCAGCGCUUACUACGUGGCCCCUGAAGUUCUACAUAGAGCUUAUAGUACAGAGGCUGAUGUCUGGAGUAUUGGAGUUAUUGCAUAUAUUUUAUUGUGUGGCAGCCGUCCAUUCUGGGCCCGGACUGAGUCUGGUAUCUUUCGUGCUGUAUUGAAAGCUGAUCCAAGUUUUGAUGAACCUCCUUGGCCAUCUCUGUCAGAUGAGGCAAGGAGUUUUGUUAAGCGAUUACUAAAUAAAGAUCCACGGAAAAGAAUGUCUGCAGCACAGGCAUUAAGUCAUCCAUGGAUUAAAAACUCUAAGGAUGUUAAAGUUAUGGAUAUUCUAAUAUUCAAGCUCAUGAAGGCAUACAUGCGCUCCUCAUCUCUACGAAAAGCAGCCUUAAGGGCUCUGUCUAAGACAUUAACUGUUGAUGAGCUAAUUUAUUUCAAGGAGCAGUUUGCACUUUUAGAGCCAAACAAAAAUGGCACCAUUAGCUUGGAAAAUAUCAAAGCGGUCUUGAUGAAAAGUGCAACAGAUGCAAUGAAGGAGUCACGCAUUCCUGAUUUUCUGGCAUCACUUAAUGCAUUACAAUAUAGAAGGAUGGAUUUUGAUGAGUUCUGUGCAGCUGCACUUAGUGUUCAUCAACUUGAGACACUUGACCGGUGGGAGCAACGUGCCCGAUGUGCCUAUGACCUUUUUGAAAAGGAUGGAAAUAAGGCUAUAGCCAUUGACGAGCUAGCUUCGGAGCUUGGGCUUGGUCCAUCUGUCCCUGUUUAUGCUGUUCUUCAUGACUGGAUUCGACACACUGAUGGAAAAUUAAGUUUCCUUGGAUUUGUCAAAUUGUUGCAUGGCCCAUCUAGAAGUCUAGCAAAAGCUCAAUAGAGACAUCAGAAGCCGAAUUGAACAGCCAACAGUGCUUAACUAUACUAUAUGAUGACCUGGCCUUUAAAUUGCUGAUGGAGUUAUCGCAACCCUAUCAUCAAGUGGUUGUGUUUCAGAUUGUUCCUCAACAUGUACCCUUGGAGCAGGGAGCCGAACCUGCCACAGGCGUUUGUUUUUUCCAUUGUAAAGCUGUAGCGUAUUAAGUU